UCUGGGGGUGCAAAGGUGUUUUUCUGUUAACAUAAUUGUACUUCUAUCAAAUAGGUGUGUCAUUAUUGCAGUAUGUCCACACGUAGGCAUUAAUAGCCUGUUGUUCUUUAUACCCUCAACACUAAGAUAGGCAUUGCAAACAGGCUGCCAUCACUGACCUUUUACCUGUGAAACUUAGAAAUUGCGUCCAUAUUCUAGGCUCUUUGGUCCUGGUGAUAUACUAACUUAUCAUUAGACCCGUGUGAUUGACAUGCGAGGAAGAUUCAGCUUUGAUCUAAAGUAGCCUGUUAUAACUUAAAUCUAAGCGGUGUAGUCGUCUGGUCGAGGAAAGCCGAGGCCUAAAUGUUGAUAUGCUCAGGUGGUUAAUGACGUCAGAGGGCGUUCACGUGCUGAAGGAUGUGUAAGUGAAACGUCGAGACGAAUACAACAAGAACCUGCACUGGAGUCGUUUUCCCAUGUUUAUCUUGAAAAAGCUGUGUUUACCAAAUGAACUGAUUUUCGUGCGCCUUUAACGACAAGAAACCGACAUCUGCCUCUUCGCCUUCGAAAGAACAUCUUCGUACCAUCCAUCUUUCGCAUCAUUGCUCUUAUGCCUCCCCCUCCCUUGCUCAUUCAGUCGUUGGCCCUAGAGCGCAUGCACACCCUACCGUACCUGAUCGUGGAACGAAGACAAUAUAUGUCUUCACCGUUUUCCAGCGCGACAAGACCGAAUCACGGAGGACUAUUUGAUCAAAUUAUAAGAUCGUAAACGGGAAACAUUUAUCUCUGUGUCGGGGAAAAGGUGAACGCAUCAAACCACAGUCAUAUUGGCACCAUGGACAGCAUGAAGAACAUUCGAGCGACACCGGGAGAAUGAACUAAUCGGAUCCCGACAAAGGUGAUGUUCACUCGGCGUGUAUAAUGCGCAUUUGCCGCAGGCUGUACUAUCACCAUCACAGUGUAACCGGAUCUCGAGCGGCGACGGAUGGGGUGACUCCCGCCGCUCCCAGGAGGUGGUCCCAGCCUCGGGCCCGGGCCGCUGCUCCCGGGGAGGAUCCCCGGCGCCGUUAACUGGAGGGCUGACCGGAGGACCCUUGCCAGGGGAAAGAGUUUAAAAAUGCAGACUGAGGUUCCAGUGUCGCCGGAGACCGGAGAGGACACCAUUGUAGAAGAGGGGGACCUGGUAGGGAGAGAGGAGCAACGGCCCUUGCAACAGUCCCUGGCUUCCUCCCUGUGUCGCGAGUCCCACUGGAAGUGCCUCCUGCUGACUCUCCUCAUGUACGGGUGUUUCGGCACGCUGGGCUGGUGUGCCGUCUGCCGCGUGCCGGUCCUCGGCUCCGGGGAGUACGUUGUUGACCUGGAAACGUCCGCCGCUGCCGUCACCGCCUUCCCCGACCGGCCUCAACCUAACUUCCAACAUGAAAGUCCUUGCUCCAAUGGAUAUGUGUACAUCCCUCUGGCCUUCUUAGCCAUGCUGUAUGUGGUCUAUCUGGUGGAGUGUUGGCACUGCUAUUCUAAAACCGCCCUUCUGGCUCAUGCAGAGACUGCUGAGGUGUACGAACGUGUCACCAGGCUUCAGCAGGCCACUCCGUGUAUCUGGUGGAAGGCUAUCAGCUAUCACUAUGUCAGGAGAACCAGACAGGUGACCCGGUACCGCAACGGUGAUGCUUACACCACCACCCAGGUGUACCAUGAGAGAGUAAACACACAUGCCUCCAGCUCUGAGUUCGACUACGGUCGACACGGAGUUAAAGACAUCUCCAAGGAGCUGCGGGGACUACAGGAGCACCCGGCUGUUCGGCUACGCUUCACCAAGUGUUUCAGUUUUGCUAGUGCCCGGGCAGAGGCCGCAUACCUCACCCAACGGGCACGAUUCUUUGGCGACAACGAGGGGUUGGACGAUUAUAUGGAAGCACGCGAGGGGAUGCACCUGAAGAACGUCGACUUCCGGGAGCAUAUCUUGGCGUUCCCGGAUCCUGCCCGGCCGCCUUGGUAUUCCCGACACCGCAUCUUCUGGCUGGCCUCCGUGUUCCUCCUCUCCUGGCCGCUGAGAGUCGUGUCGGAGUACCGCACGGCCUACGUGCACUACCACGUGGAAAAGCUCUUCGGCGAGGAGGCGAUCCGGGAGGACGGCGGAGGCGACGGAGUGCCGGAGAACGGCGUGCCGGCGGGGGAGAGGAGUCUGAAUGGGUCCAGCUACCGGGCCAUAUCGCGUGUGAACACGGUGGACAUGACUGAGCUGGAGUGGCACAUCCGCUGCAACCAACAGAUGGUGCCCUCCUACUCCGAAGCGCUGCUGAUGGACCUGGAGGUGGACAGCAACACCGGGGGGACCAGCACCACCGCGACCACCACUCCCGGAGCUCCAGGCUCCGGCCCCAUCCAGGGGGGCAUCCCGGCCGGCAUGGCCCACCCGGUCGCCUUCUCCACGUCUUACCUCCUCCAGAGCUGCCCCCGGUGUAGGAGGACGAGGUCGAGCUCCAGCCUGCCCUCCAGGCUCCGGGCCCCGACCGGUAACCGGGCCCUGCUGAACGGCACCGUGGGCGGGAUGAGGGCCGGCACCACAGGUGGUGGGGGUGGGACGAGGGCGAACGGCGCGGCCGGCGGUGCGGGUGGGCAGGGGGGAGGUGGAGCAGCAGGAGCGACAGGAGGCGGCAGGCUGGUGUUGAGCCGGAGCGGGUUUUCCCUCGGAAGACUAGGGGGAGCGCGGCCCAGACCGACCAGCCUGUUUCACUCUCGCAGCGUGGGUGGGGGGCUAGGAGGAGGGCGGGGCGAGGAAGGGGGAGGAGGUGGGGGAGGGUUUCUGGGGUUGGGCUCCCGGCAGGGGCAGAAUGACGAGGAGAGCAGGGGAGUGCUGGAAGGAGAGAGGGAUGACGAGGAGAGCUGCCAUGGCGGAGACGAUGUGAUGGACUCAAUAGUCAACUAG